CAUACCCCUGCACAAUUACGUUACACGACGAGCAUCGCAGCUCCCGCUAAUCUGGAGCUUCCUCUGGAGCGUCCAUGCAUGUUCGUCCGCCAACCGUUCGUUUCGCGAGCUCUACUCGCCCCCCUCGCGCUUCGACCUCGGAUGGCAACGCGAACAGGUCGAAUUCGUACCCAUUGUUGUUUGCUGCGUUUCCGAAACAUGCAGUAGCCUGCCGCACAGCUCUCCACACUCGCUCUGCCCUUUUCUUCGCUUGGAGCGCGGGGAUGGAGGGCAUGGCAAGUCGCAUCCUCGGGGUCCAGUAGCCUUGCGACGGUUGCUCCGGGUCACCCAGCACGGGGCCGGUCCAUCGCCAUGUCGAGCGGCGGUUUCUUCUCGGGCGAUGGGAUUGUAUUCCAUCCGCCGUUUCUUGGGAUCCUGAUUGCAUGCGGUGUUCUAUCGGUGUUCUCCCUCCUGUACUUCAACCGGGUGUUUGCGUCUGUUGUUUCCUGGGCGAUACGAACCUAUACGUGGCACCAGUACGGGGUUUACAUCGACAUCCAGGCCCUCCAAGUGUCCUUGCUCGCCGGCCGCAUCUUCUUCACCGGCUUUCGGUAUCACGGCAAUAACGAGACCAUCUUGGUGCAAAACGGUCACAUCACAUGGGCGUACUGGCUGCGCAGGGUCCGGGAGGUGAACAUUGGGCUGGGAAAGGGUGUCGAGCGGGAUCCCGAUGUUGAUCGAAGUAGCCUCUCGACAAAGCUUCCCUGCCGCGUCAAGGUUUCUCUCAGGGGUCUAGAAUGGUUCAUAUACAACCGCAGUCCUGCAUACGACUCGGUUCUUUCCAGCCUCACAGACGCUGGAGUGGGCCAGCCCGAGCCGGAUCCGCCCCGAGGCGAGCCAGAGACAACAACCGUGCCCGAUGAUCCUCCUCCCGCUCACCUGCGACGAAGGCGAUCGGGACGACAAGAGGCCUCAAAAACCCCAUUGGCCGCUGGCUUUUCCGCCGAAACUGAGAAAACAGGUAUCGCUCGCGAUGUCGGCACCGCCAAUGUGGGUGACCUGACCCGGGCCCCAAGCACUGGCUCCUCCGCCUCGGACCGCGUCAGACACCAGACGAGCAGUGUGCCUGUUGAGGGUGGCGAGGACCUCCCGCUGUUUCUGCAGCUCCUCCCAAUACACCUGGAAUGCGAUCGGGCGGCGCUCGUGAUGGGUAAUGAGAAUACCAAGGCCAUCCUAGUCGUCAAGGCCAAUUCACUAUCAGGCGAAAUAGAUGCUUCCAGCACCAAGACUCCCGAUCCAUACCGCCAGUACUUCCGAUUCAAGUUCAAGCACCCAGUGAUCGAAAUGAAAGAGAACUUGGACUUCAAAGAGGAGCAAGCCGACCGGGCCGUUCGAGACAAACUAGCCGCCCAGGGGUCGCUGUCUCGUCCCAACAGAUCCUUCCUCCAUUGGCAGAGACGCAGGCUGCGGGAAGGGCUCAGGAGCAUGGUGCCAUUCUUGAACAGGUCCGUCGAGUCCUUUUCGCCCUCGAGCAGGGGAAUUGGGACCGCCGCCAGCCAGGUGCCCGGCUCAGGCCAUUGGCAAGGGUUGUCACGGUAUCUCGCCGAAGGCGCCGAGGACCAAAAGUCGCAAUGGGCUGCUUGCGAGUACGCCGCGGUGCCUACCCUGUUGGACAGCCCCGAAGCAUCCUUAACCAUACUGUGGGACGUGGUUGGCAAGGUAGCGCCACCGUCCGCCUCGCCGCAGGAGAAAGACCCCGAGUAUGCAACCAAUAUCAACGGUGCCCACCCCCCAGCUUGGGCUAUCAACCUCUCCAUCAACGGAGGCUCGAUCAACUACGGGCCCUGGGCGGACAGACAUCGCGCGGACCUGCAACGAACCUUCGCCCCAAGCCUCUGCAAAGACGCGGUUCCCGCCCGCCACCUGCCUCCGGGAGCGUUUCGCGUGCCUACCCAGUUCAAGUUCUUCGUGGAACUCACUGAUGAUACCACUAUCCGCAUCCCGGUAAGAGAGGCAUCAAAAGACUGGCGAUGGCAAGGCAAAGGGCCAGCCCCGAAAAAGCCGAACAGCCAUGGCACGCGCAGGGCUCGUCGAUCUAAGAAAUCGGACCAGCCUGCCGACCUGCACCAGCGGCCCUACGGCUGGCUCGAUCUAAGGCUUCCAGCCAACGCCACCGCGUCCUACUCGAUGGACAUGGUCGCCGGACCGUCGGGGUACACCAACACCCUCGAUUUGGACUUGCCCAGCACCGAGAUCUCAAGCAGCAUCAACCACGAGCUGCUCUUGAGGUCCGGGCGGCAGACCAUAUCUUGCGACCUCUCUACGCCGUUAGGUUGGAACUCACUCCGCCAGUGGCGCUUCAAUAUCGCCAGCGAUGGCUUGGAACUCUACAUCUUACGGGACCAUGUCUUCCUCCUGACCGAUCUAGUGGACGACUGGACGAGCGGACCUGCUACCGAGUACUUGGUUUUCGUCCCAUUCAAAUACUCCCUGGACCUUCAGCUCCAAAACGUCCGACUCUUCUUGAACCUCAACGAUGCGAAUAUCGUCAGCAACCCGACCGACUUGGACGACAACACAUAUCUCAUCAUCUCCAGCCCGCUGCUCAGAUCAGGAGUUUGCAUCCCGGUCGACCAAUACAAGCCCAGCAGAAAUGCUAUUCCCUUCGACAUCCGCGCGGACACCGCGGCCAUCGACCUUCAUUUGCCUCCGUGGAACACCCAAGCGUCGUUCCUCGCGUCCAAGGAGGUUGGGCGACUGGAGAACUUGGCUGUAGAGGCCUCCUAUCACUACAACGCGACGACCUCGCCGGCAAACACUGACACGCUGGUCUUGAACAUUUCCGGCCUGUCCCCAACUGCGCGCCUUCACGGCUUCACGAUCCGCUAUUUCCUCAAGGUCAAGGACAACUACUUCGGCGACGACAUACACUUCAAGACGCUGGAAGAAUACCAAGACGUGUUGCGCUUGAAGGAGCACAACUCUGAUGCUGAGGCUGCCGUCAAGCCGCCCCCUAAGAGGUCGAACGACUUGGAUGUCAUCCUCAACAUCAGAGCUGACGAUCCGAAAGUCCUGCUCCCGGCCAACUUGUACUCUUCCCAGCGCCAUAUACAGAUCGACACGGCAAGCCUGUGCCUUGAUCUGCGGUUCACCAACUACUACAUGGACAUGGACCUGCUUGUCGCACCCCUGAAUCUGUCGCUGGGAGACACCGAGUCCGGUUCCGAAACUCCGAUGAGCGCCACGUCGAGCACGCAGGUGUUUGUCGAUGGUCUCAGUGUCUACGGCCAUCGCGUCUUUGGCCUGCCCCCCGCUGAGCCAACUUACAUGUGCAACUGGGAUCUUUCCUUGGGAGCACUGACCGGCGAGUGUACCACGGAGUUCUUGACGACUCUCACCAGCGCCGCCAAGGCCUUUGCAUUUACCUUUGAUGACGAUGAAAAUGCUCUGAUACCCUUCUCUUCAAUUGUGCUUUACGACGUCACGUUCCUUCGGGUCUUUGUGCAUUCAGUUCGCCUGUGGCUGCACGUCGAGGAUGCCGCGUUCCUCCUCUCAACUGGCGCAGUCGACGUCAACUACAAUGACUGGGCGCGGUCGCAUUACUCUCGGAAGGCCAACAUCAACAUCCCGGAUAUCAAGCUGUCUUGCCUGAACGCCGAGUUGGCCACAAGACACAAGGCUCGAUCGGAGCAUGCCGUCGAGGCUGACGCGCUGGUCGAAACGAGCGUGAAGGUGGCGAUUGUUGGCCGGAAAGCGAAUUUUUCGAGGGAACGCAAGCUGCAACAAGAACUCGUCCGCCGGCACGAUCAACGGACACACAGAACCCCAUUCCUCAUUCUCCCCGGCGUUCUGGAAGACGACCUGGUUCCUGACGCCGUCGAUCCUCCAGCCCAGAGCGUCCCGCCGGUUCCCAUGCCAGUCCGCUCAAUUGCUACAUGGAGCGACAGAACGUCUUUGAGCUCUAAUAGGAGCUCGGAGCGGUCCCGGAGCCUGCGCCAUAAAUCCUCCUUUCUGUCACUUUCCGGCUCAGCCCCGAGCAGUGUACGCAAGCCUUUCAGCUCGAGACGGUCAAGCGGGAAGGGCAGGCUUCCGGAGCGGCUGAACCGUCGUUCCCCUUUGGGAACCCGGCCUGACGAGGACGGUCAUUCCCCGAUGCAAACGCGCGAGCUUUCGCCCUCCACACGCCAUUCUGCCUUUUACAGCGUGCCGGGGGACCAUGGCGAACACCGUGACGUUGUCCACAACACGGUCGCGUUCUCCAGCCAGUUCUUUGCACCAUACUUCCCCCUUGAGAAUGUCAAACCAACUCAUGCAGAAGCAAUGAUGCGGAGCAUCGAAAACGACGAGGAGGGCCCGGGCGACUCAGAUUCGGUCGCCUUUGAUCUCGGCGACGUCGACCCGAGUCUUCUCAGCGAAGACCACGCAUAUUCGAGCAUCCUGAUCGAACUGCCGUCAGGGUUGGCGGCGUUCUGCAACCCUACCUCGCUGCGCUGCGUUGCGGCCCUGCUCGCUUCUAUGCAGGACACUGACCCUGAUCGCAUUCUGGACUCACUCCAAAUGGACUCGAUGAAGGGCGUUUUCGGCAGACAAAAGGACCAGAAGAUGAAAGGACGCAUCAGCGACUUGCUAAUCAGGCUCCCACAUGCCAAUCUCCGUUUCAUCGGUUCUUCCGAAGCAGACUCCCUAAAUCAGCCGGCUGACCAGCAGGACCAGUACGAUCUCGCGCUCACCAAGCUGUCCUUCACGUCCCGCUCUCAAGCUACUUGGCGAGAUGCGUCCAAACCCCAGUCAAGGGAGGUCAGCCGUUCAUUCCAUGUGAGGCUCGGUUCGAUGGAGUUGUCAGCAGCCGAGAGAUCCCCCGGCAUGCCCAGUUCUCCGGCAGCCGCGCUUGUCCGCAUUGACAGUGUGUUGGCUUCGAUGGGAACGAAGGAUGUCACAUACUUCGAUGUUGAGAUCGGCGGAAUUCGUGGCAACACUUUCUCGGGGAAGGUCGACUAUCUGGCGUCCCUGGCUCAACGCGCAGAGGUUCUGGGAUCUGACAUUGGAAGGCUGUUCUCUGCCUCGUCAUCAAAUGAGAAGAUGAUGGCGCGAAGUCUCGUGCAUCGUCUGCUCUCCGCAGGCCAAAGCGUUCCGGACCCGUCAUUCCUGAUACGACCGUCUGCGGUCCUCCGUUCUGCCCAUCAGCAUCUGCGAACGUUCGAUUCGUGGAAACUUGCCAUGCGUCUCCGCCAAAUCUGGACGGUCCUAGCGCCAAGCGCAGGAGAGCAGAUCAAGUUUGACUGUCUUCAUUCCUCCUCGGCCUCAGAUGCUGAGUUGAAAAAGGAGAUCAUCGCGGCGUUUGAAAGAUGGAGGAGUUGGGACCUUGAGGAUGUUGAGGAGAGCCUGCUCAUAAGCGUCUUGUUUGGGCAAACAGGCAGCUCUUCAGAGGCGAAGCCUCCGGACAAACCGACGCUUGCUGUCGCGAGGAUCAAGCAUCUUCAGUUCGCAGUCAACCCUGGACCCAAGCAAAACGAGAUCACCUUUGUCGACCUCGGUGCCCGACUACAGCGCAAGCCAGUUCCGGCCAAAGCUGGAGACGACCUCACAGGACCGACAGGCAUUUCGACCAUUCUGAGCGUCUCUUGCGAAGACGCCAUUGUUAGCCUGAACUGGGAACUAUGCGAACUAGCAAACAGCAUCCUGAAGCUGAUCAAGCGUAUGCCGUCUCAGGCACCAGAGCAGGCCCCUGUGCAGCCGGACAAGCCGAGAGUCUCAACCGCCGCAGAGCCACGCGCCGAGAGCACGGUUCACUGUGUUGUGUUUCUUGGGCACGGGUCCUUGAUCGUGGAGACGGUCAACCUCUUUUCCGCGUCAUUCAGCAACGGAGGACAGGCGUCCGUGCUAGUGAGGCAAGAUCCCAGCGGCAACAUGGACGCCAGCCUGGUUCUCAGCUGCGAUUCGGUGACAUCGAGUCUCCGAAGCCAUCAGCAGAAGCUGGCCAAGCUCAUCCUGGAGAAACCCAGUGUCUUCGUCUCGCACGAGCUCCGGGCGAGUCAGACCACCGACUCCCAUACCGUCAAGACGGCUGCGAGCAACCAAUAUAUGAGCCUGGCUAUCAGGCAAGACCCCAUUACCUUGGCGGAAGUCUUUGAUCUUGUUGUCCGGGACGAGUUCGCGCAGUUGUAUAGGCUGAAGAAGCAGCUUCCCUCUUCGCCCCGACCCGCGCCCGGAUCCAAGAAGAUCGCCGAUCGCCUGUCUGCCUUCCGGGUCAACGUGGCCCUUUUUAUGGACAAGUACACCAUCAGCCUGCCACUCCUGCGCUCCUUGACGUACACGAUUCAGGGCACAGUUUCUCGAGCAGCAAUGGCUGCAAACUUCGGCCGUGAGAUUAUCUUCGAUUUCGACAUCAAGGAGAACUCUCACGACAUGCAGGUCAGGGUUAAUAAUGUAGCCCGCAGUAUCUCGCUUCUCCAGAUCCCGCCAACAAACGGCCGGAUUAGGAGUCAUACCGAAUCAGGAGAUCAUUCCAUCAGCGUCUUCGCAUCCGUCGAGCUGGUGCAACUGGAUGCCUCGGCCGUGUAUAGCCUGCUGUCUGCUCUCAACCGUCCUGAGAUAUCAAGCGUCCUCAAUGAGCUGCAGCAGCAAGCCAGAACCAUUCAGGAACAUAUCAGCGAGGUCACUGGAGACACACCGCAAACAACUGUGACUGCAGCAAGCGAGAAGAAGCAGGCAGCCCUGGCCUACACCGCCCAACUCAGCUUUGCCGGUCUGAAAGUGUUCGGAAAUAGUCCAUUGAAAUCGGAGACAGAACCUCUGGCACACAUCUCAUUUGCCCUGGGCAGCGUACAUCUCGGACUCUCCAACAAGGUGGAACAGCACGGGCCGGUGUUGCCGUAUCCGGAGAUCAACGCCCGCCUGCGCCGCGUGGCGUUUGAAAUGAGGAAGGGUAGCGCCGAGGCAAUGAAAUCGUGCGGCAACGUGGCGUUCGGGGCUCUGAUAUCAGCCUCCUCGAGUCCCUCCGAGGAUGGCAAGGAAAAGCGGUUCUUCCACGUCAGGAGCGACGCGUUCGAGGUGAACCUUUCCCCGGAUACGAUAUCCACCGUCAUCGACGUCCUGGGCUACAUGGGCGAUAAGAUCAAGGACCUCGACACCUCGCGAGAGCUAGAGUAUCUGCGGAAGCUUAGACAGUCAAAGCCGCGCAUUGCCAUCAACGACGCGGAACCAGAGGACCAGGGCGCCGACUUCAUCGAUGCGUUCCUCUCGUCCAUCACCUACAGCUUCGAGAUCUGCAACAUCCGGUUGGCCUGGCUGGUGAACAGGAUUGGCGAGGAGCCAGCGGUUGGCAAGGAGGAUCUUGUCUUCUACCUCCAGAGGAUUGAGCUCGGUACGCGGACGAGGAACUCGGCUCGGCUGACCAUCGAAGACCUGGAGCUCCAGAUGGUUGGCCCAUCUCACGGCAAGAUGCUCCGGUCCCCGAACUCUGCGCUGUUACCGGAGAUCAUUUUCAACGUGGCGUACGUGUCCACGGCCGACGCCCGCCGUCUUGCUUUCCAGGCGGUGGGCAAGCCUCUAGACGUGCGACUGACUUCGGGUUUCAUCAUUCCCGCUGCGCACCUGAACGAUUCUAUCACGUUGUCGCUGAAGAUCAUUCAGCAAGCCUCGCAGAACUGGAACCCAAGAACUUCGAGGCCGGCGCCGGCCACCACGAAACCGCCGGACGAGGCGCCACGGAAAAGCAUUCUCGGGGGAAAGAGGCUUGAGUCGCUGCUGAUCGAUGCGGACUUUGCCGGGGCCGUGGUCCACCUGACGGGGAAGAAGGCGCCCGAGGACUUGGUCUCUGCCACGCGAUCAGCCCGAUCAAGUUCUGGGAAGCAGGGACAACUAGGUCCGGAUGAAACAACGAGCAGCACAACGUUGAGGUCGCCUGGCUUGGCCUGGAAACUUGAGUUCAGAGACAACGGCAAGGAUGACCCAUCCCUGCAUGCCGAGGUCAAGAUCGAUGCUUCCAGCAACGUUCUCUACCCGUCAGUAGUGCCUCUAGUUGUGGACAUCAGCAACAGCGUCAAGAAGGCGGUGAGCAGCCAUGGCGACAAGAAAGACCAGGCACAUGCGCACGCGCGAGAAGUUGCUGCUAAGGUGAAGCUUCCUGAGGAGGACAGAAUCCUGACGGCCGAUCCCACGUCGGUCCUCGGCAGGAUGAAGCUCAAUCUCGGAUUGCGCAUUUGCAAGCAAGAGUUCUCUUUCAGCUGCCAGCCGAUCGCGCGGGUAGCCGCCACUGCCAGCUUUGACGACGUCUACUUCACCGCCAACACAGUCCGCUCGGUGGAGCAGGGCAAUUUCUUUGCUAUCUCGGGAUCCUUUACGAAUCUGCAGGCCUCGGUGCAGCACGUCUACUCCAGAGAGUCGACCGGCAGCUUGAAGAUCCCUUCUAUCGUCCUCUCCUUCCUGAACAGCAAGCACCUCAGCGGCACCAGCGGUGUGUCGGCCAUCCUCAAGUUCAGUCCCAUGGAGGUGUCCAUCAACGCGAAGCAGUUCCAAGACUUUCUCCUCUUCCGCGAGAUCUGGCUACCCGGCAAGGCAUCCGAUCCUUCUGCGAGCCCCGUGGCGAAGCUCGUCACCGAGACAUCGCAGGGCCACCUGGUGCAGCGCUACCAGCAAGUCGCCGCCACCGCCGCCUUCCCAUGGACGGCCAGCAUUUCCAUCCCAGCGCUCAAGAUCGUGGUGGAUCUCGGCCAGGCGCUGGGGAGAUCGACGCUGUCCAUCAACGAUUUCUGGAUCUCGUCCAAGAAGACGUCGGAUUGGGAGCAGAACCUGUGCCUAGGGUUCCGCAUGAUCGGCGUCGAGAGCACCGGGCGGAUGAGCGGAUUCGUCGCGCUUGAGAACUUCAAGUUGCGCACGUCCAUUGAGUGGCCGGAGCGAGAACAAGCGUUGAACGAGACCCCGCUGGUGCAGGCAUCCGUGGGAUUCAGCCAGUUCAGGGUGAAGGCGGCCUUUGACUACCAAGCCUUCCUCGUCGCAGACAUCACGUCGCUCGAAUUCCUCAUGUACAACGUCCGGCGCAGCAAAGACGGGCGCGGCGACCGCCUGAUUGCCAUCUUUGACGGCGAGGCCGUCCAGGUGUUUGGCACGACAACCUCGGCGGCCCAGGGCGUCGCGCUCUAUCAAGCGUUCCAAAAAUUGGUGCAAGAACGCAAGGCGAACUUCGAGACAUCGCUGAAGGAGAUCGAAAAGUACAUUCGGCGGAAGUCGGUCGCGGCGCCUGCGGGCGUGAUGCAGCGGCUCAGCCUCCCCGCGUCCACCUCGGGCGACGACAGGCCGCUCAAGUCGCCCAUCUCGCUCGACACAGACGUCGUAGUCACGCUCAAGGCGCUCAACCUGGGCGUCUUCCCCGGCGCCUUCUCGGACCACCAAGUGUUUAAGAUGGAAGCGCUCAACGCGCAAGCGCGCUUCGCGGCCUCGGUCCAAGCCGACGGCCGCGUCCACAGCAUCCUCGGCCUCACGCUCGGCCAGCUGCGCAUAGGACUCGCGGGGGUGCGCACGGCGGUGAGCGACCCGCCUAACAAGACGCUCGGGGAGCUCUCGGUCGAGGACGUGGUGCAGCGCGCGACGGGCUCGCGCGGCGGCACGAUCCUCAAGGUGCCGCAGGUCGAGGCCGUCAUGCAGACGUGGCAGCGGCCCGAGUCGAAGCGCAUCGACUACAUCUUCAAGAGCGCCUUCGAGGGCAAGGUCGAGGUCGGCUGGAACUACAGCCGCAUCAGCUACAUCCGCGGCAUGUGGGCCAAUCACUCCAAGACGCUCGCCCAGACCUGGGGCCGCGAGCUGCCCAACGUGGCGGCCAUCCGCGUGACCGGCGUGCUCCCGGAGACUGGCGGUGGUGCAACUGCCCCGGACGAGAAACGGGAGUCGCAACAACAACAACAGCCACCAGCACCAAAGAACGGAGAACAGACCGCCGCCGCAACUACCACCGCCACCACCACCAACAAGAUCACGGCUGAGGUCAAGGUGCCGCUGUCCAAGUACGAGUACGUGGCGCUCGAGCCGCCCGUCAUCGAGACGCCGCAGCUGCGCGACAUGGGCGAGGCCACGCCGCCGCUCGAGUGGAUCGGCCUCAACCGCGACCGGCUGCCCAACCUGACGCACCAGAUCGUCAUCGUCGCGCUGCUGGAGCUAGCGGGUGAGGUCGAGGAUGCGUAUUCAAGGAUUUUGGGGAGCACUUGAUAUUUUCUUUUCUUUAAUUUGCCUUUCCUUCCCUCUCUAUGGGAGUUGGAGUCGGAUCGCAUGUGAGAGAGAGAUUAUUAC